CGUUAUUUGCACCAUAUUUUAUUCUACAGUAUUUACAUGACCGUUUCCAAUCCAGCAUGCAGAUUGCUUGUUAUAAAGUACAACAUAUAUUUAUGAAUACUUCUGUUUUUAAUGUCUUUUGUGGUUUUUAAACUUCUGUUUUCCAACCUUUCCUAACCACUGGAGCUCCACCUCCUUCCCCUUUCAUUCUGGAAACAGUGUAUAUAACAUUUAUAACAUCUUACAUACAUCGGAUUAUAUCAGAAGAGUGGACUGAACUACAGAGCAAAGUGCAAAAAAACAAACAAAAAAAAAACAAAAAACCAUCAACUGAAGAGAAGAGCUUUUUUUCUGGUCAAUUUCAGAUUCUGAAUCAAGAAUGUCCCACACUGCCAUACCCAUGAGCUCUCCAGCGGUUGUCAUCCAGAUUCAACCACCAACACAAACCACAUCAGGCACUGGGACAAAUGCUCCUGUGCCUGUUUAUGUACAACAGCUAGCAGGAGUUUUACCUCAUCAGAUUCAGGCAUUUCUGAAAAGCCGACCAAAAGCCCUUGGGACUGUAGAGAUAAUGAUUGGUGUGUUGACUCUCCUGUUGGGCAUUGUGUCUACAAUACAAGCAUCAUCCUUCUUUGUCUUCAGUGGUAUUCCUUACUGGGGAUCUAUCAUCUACAUUACUGCAGGCUCACUCUCUGUUGCUGCAGAAAACAAUAUGAAUUCACCCGCCAGUUUGUGUUUGGUGAAAGGUUCACUUGGAAUGAACAUUUUCAGCACUUUAACUGCAGGCAUUUCCACUAUAAUGAUUUCAUUGGAUUUGGCUCUAAGGCAAUUCAACUAUUACUGCAACGAUUAUGCAUGUUAUUAUAUUGAGGACAAGUAUAUGACCGUUUUCUUGGGAAUCAGUGGUGUAUCUCUGGUACUCGCCCUGCUUGCGUUUUUCAUCUCCAUCUUUCUGUCAGCAUUUGCAUGUAAAGCUUCCUGCUGCUAUUAUCCUCAGAUAUCUGUGGUCAGCAACCUGUCCAUGUAUAACCAGAGUGGACAGAGUUGAGGUCAUGCAGUUGUUUGCAAUGCUUUUGUGGGACACAUGGGUUUUCCCAAUGAUUUUCUGUCCAUUAUCUUAAUGUCCUUUCAUUAAAAAAUAGAACAUGAAAGCAAAGAAAUGACUUGAUCAGAUAAUAAUUACAGAUUUUUUUACAGUCACAAAUGGUUAAAUCGGAACUAUUCAAGACUAGAUAAUAUUUCAUGAUUUUCUUUCUGUAUGUCAAGAAAGUUGCCUGAUCAUCAAUGAAACUGGACUUUUGAACAACUAAUUGCAUAAUGUACUAUUA